GCCCCGGAAGUCAAAGAAAGCGGAUGAAACGGCGGCAAAAUGGCAGCUGCCGCUGGGGCAGCGAGUUCUCUAUCCGGAGCCCCAAUAUGCGUCCUGGUGCUGGGAAUGGCUGGCUCUGGCAAGACGGCGCUGGUGCAGAGACUUAUUGCCUACCUGCAUAGUAAGAAUUCUCCUCCGUAUGUUAUCAAUCUGGACCCCGCAGUUUACGAGCUGCCUUUCCAGGCCAAUAUCGAUAUUCGGGACACAGUGAAUUACAAAGAAGUUAUGAAGCAAUAUGCACUGGGCCCAAAUGGUGGCAUUGUGACGUCCCUCAAUCUCUUUGCUACAAGAUUUGACCAGGUGAUGAAGUUCAUUGAAAAAAGACAGACUGCAUCCCAGUAUGUCCUAAUAGAUACACCUGGGCAGAUUGAAGUGUUUACUUGGUCUGCCUCUGGUACUAUCAUCACAGAAGCCCUGGCUUCCUGUUUUCCAUCGGUGGUGGUUUAUGUGAUGGACACAUCUCGCAGCACUAAUCCUAUCACCUUCAUGUCUAACAUGCUCUAUGCCUGCAGCAUCCUAUACAAAACAAAGCUCCCAUUUAUAGUGGUCAUGAACAAGACAGACAUCAUUGACCAUAGCUUUGCACUUGAAUGGAUGCAGGACUUUGAAGCUUUUCAAGAUGCCCUCAGUCAGGAAACCAGCUACGCCAGUAAUUUAACUCGCUCUAUGAGUCUUGUUUUAGACGAGUUCUACAACUCACUUCAGGUUGUGGGUGUUUCUGCUGUUCAAGGAACAGGGAUGGAUGAAUUUUUUGAACAUUUGUCCAAAGCUGUUGAUGAAUAUGAAAGAGAAUAUCGACCAGAAUACGAGCGCCUAAGAAAGAAAUUGGAAACAGCUCAGAAGCAGCAGCAGGAAGAACAGUUGAAAAAUUUGCAGAGAGAUAUGGGGCCUGUUGCUAUGGAGAACAGCCCAGCAGUUUCAGGUUCAGUGGCAGAAUCUUCACUAGGCUCAUCAGAACUGAUUUUGACACGAGGAACUUUGGAUCCAGAAGAGGAGGAAGAGGCCCAAGACAGCGAUACUGAUGACAUUGAUCAUAAAGUGACAGAGGAAAGCCAUGAAGAACCUGCCUUUCAAAACUUCUUGCAAGAAGCCAAGCUGCACUAUUCGACCAGAAACAACCAGUAGAAGAGAACAAGGACCGUUGCAUGGCUGGACGCAGUAACUGAAGCACACAGAGCUAUGAAACAGGCCCACUCUUGGCCAUCUGUGGCAACCGCUCUGCUCCCCUCGACUCAAGGCUAACUGAGUUCUUUCUGUGGCAACUUUUUUCAGUGGGAGACUGAAGCAGUUUGCCAGAACCGGAUGGUCAUUUUCACAGAUAUAAUCGCUUGUUGGCAAAAGAAUGUGACUGAGAGAUCUUGUCUCUGUUGUGAAUUUUACCUAUAAUGUAUGUUUCUGUUUUGUAAAUUAUUAGCAAAUAUCUAUUCUGCUACAUCUUC